AUGGCGUUGCCGAAAAUUUCCGAGAUUGCGAGAAACCAAGAAAAGGAUUUCCGGUCCAUCGAGAGAAACAGGAGGUACAUCGACAAGAACUACAAAGAGAUCGGGGAGCUGCUGGAUCGCAUCAGGUGCCUCGAAGACACGGUGAAGAAGCUCGCAUCGUCCCACGCUGGUCGCGUGCGUCAAGUGGACACCGGCAUGGCGAUCGAGGAGAAGAAGACACCUGUGACAUCCAGGAACCCGUCCGUUCUCGACGCGAGACUGGUGAAGAUGCAGAAACGGUCGGCUCAGCUCCAGCUCGAUCGUUCUGCGCUGAUCAAGUUUGGCAAGAUGAACCUGAGUCUCCCGGUAAGCGAGCGGUACACGUGGAAGAGGUUUGGCAAUGGAGCCGACCAGACCGCAAAGACCUUCGACAGUAUCUGUGACGGCCCGAGCCUGGAUAGCCUUUUGUUGGAUCCGAAAACCAAGUCCGUCGUCGACAACAUUCUCGUGCCCGACGGUGGACCCGUGCUGAACAUUAACCACACCGUCAAAAAGAAGUACUGGGUGUUCAUCAAAGACGGCAAGCUCGUGACACUCAGCUCAGACUUCCGGGACGGCGUCGGGGCGGAGUACCUCUGGACGGAUGAUGCGUUCCUCGGCGCGCCGUCCAGCGAUUGGAAGUACCCCUUCAAGUUCCAGAACGACCCACGAAGGCUGCAUGUCGACCCCGCGACGGGGGUUCUGUGGGUACCUGGGUGCGGGGAAAAGCAGAAGCAGGAUGUUCGUGGCAGCGGCAGUGACAACAGCAGCGACGACAGCAGCGACGACAGCAGCGACGACAGCAGCGACGACAGCAGCGACGACAGCAGCAAGAGCGGCAUCAAGAGCGGCAGCAAGAGCGGCAGCAAGAGAGGCAGCAAGAGCGGCAUCAGGAGCGGCAUCAAGAGCGGCAGCAAGAGAGGCAGCAAGAGAGGCAGCAAGAGAGGCAGCAAGAGCGGCAGCAAGAGCGGCAGCAAGAGAGGCAGCAAGAGCGGCAGCAAGAGAGGCAUUGACGACAGCAGCGACGACAGCAGCGACGACAGUAGCGACGACAGCAGCGACGACGGCAGCAAGAUCGUCAGCAAGAGCGGCAGCAAGAGCGGCAGCAAAAGCGUCAGCAAGAGCGGUGGCAAGAGCGGUGGCAAGAGCGGUGGCAAUAGAGGCGGCGACGAUAGUAGUGACGACAGCAGCGACGACAACAAGAGCGGCAGCAAGAGCGGCAGCAAGAGCGGCAGCAAGAGCGGCAGCAAGAGAGGCAGCAAGAGCGGUGGCAAGAGCGGCGGCGACGACAGUAGUGACGACAGCAGCGACGACAGCAGUGACGACAGCAGCAAGAUCGUCAGCAAGAGCGGUAGCAAGAGCGGCAGCAGCGACGACAGCAAGAGCGGCAGCAAGAGAGGCGGCGACGACAGCAGCGACGACAGCGGCGACGACAGCAAGAUCGGCACCAACAGCGGCACCAAGAGCGGCAUCAACAGCAGUAGCCAGAGCGGCAGCGAGAGCAACAGCGAGAGCAACAGCAACAGCAAGAGUGUAAGCAACAGCGGCAGCAACGACGUUAGCAACAGCGGCAGCAAGAGCGGCAGCAAGAUCGGCAGCGAGAGCAACAGCAGCAUCAGCGGCAGUGACGAUGACAGCAGCAGCGACGAUGACGGUGGUGCCGAGAACGACCCCGGUGACCCCAAGGACGCCAAGGACCUCAGGGACGACGUCGAGGACGGUGGUGCCGAGAACGACCUCGAGGAUGACGGCGAGGACAGCGGUGAUGAUGCUGAAAACGACCCCAUGGACAGCGGCGACGAGCGUGUUGAAAGCGUAGACAAGGAUGACAGUAUCAGCAUGAAAGUCUCGGCAGAUGUAGACAGGGAUGAUGAGCAUGGUAGCGGUAACGUUUCGGACCUGGGAUACAUUGGAAUAGAGAGCAGCGAGUCUCUCAGCGGCAGAAAGCGCGCCGCAGAGGAAUACGCCGGCACUUCGUCGGACUCUGACUCGGACUCCGACUCCGACUCAGACGAUGAGGGUGCGCGGCCGAAGAUGCCUCGCGUGAUGUAG